UGGAAUAGUACUUGUCCACGUUUUACUAAAGCUUUACGAGACCAUCCCUUACAAACAAAAAGUGUCCACUUAUGUAGAGCGAAAACAGAAAGAAAUACAGCUUUUGUUCCGAACGGAUGAGGGAGUAUGUUAUACUCCUUGGCGGACACCUCGAAGCCUUCAAAGUUGACCAAGAGUUUACUAGAGGACAUAAGAUAACGACCCAAAAAGUUGGCAUGGGGAAAUACGAGCUGCUUCAAACAUGAUUAUGGAUUAAGAAAGACCAUUUGAAAAUAUCACACUACCACCAAGCAACUGCAAAAUGUAGCUAAGCGAGGUAGCUUAGCUACAUGUAGCUUUUCCCCACAACAGACUGUGCACUUAGUUAUAACGAGAGCUACUUCAGAUACGUGUUUUACCUGUCGUGAAAGUGAAUGCAGCAGCUUUUAAGCAACCACCUGGCAGGCCUGCAGGAUCCGUUGACCAUCAAUAAUUCAUGAAGGACAGUUCUAGAGUUGCAGUCCUUCUGGAGUAGGUUACAUUCUGAUCUCUGCAGUGUUGCUCAUACCACUCAAAUAGUUUCUUCCCCUGAAGAGGACCUGCUAGAUCACCAUGUUGCCGGCCAAAGAGGCGGCAAAGAUCUACCACACCAACUACGUGCGUAAUGCCCGCGCCGUGGGUGUACUCUGGACCGUGUUUACCAUCACCUUCGCCGUGAUCACGGUGGUGGUGUUCAUCCAGCCCUACUGGAUCGGGGACAGCGUCAACACGCCACAGGCCGGUUACUUCGGACUCUUCCACUACUGCAUUGGCAACGCACUCACCUCGGAGCUCAUCUGCAAGGGGAGCGCCCUGGACUUCGGCUCCAUCCCGUCCGGAGCCUUCAAGACGGCCAUGUUCUUUGUGGGCAUCUCCACGCUGCUGGUGGUGGGCAGCAUUGUGUGCUUCAGCCUCUUCUUCUUCUGCAACGCCGGAAGCGUGUACAAGAUCUGCGCCUGGAUGCAGCUGGCCUCCAGCGCCUGCAUGGUGAUGGGCUGCAUGAUCUACCCCGACGGCUGGGACUCGGACGAGGUGAAGCGAAUGUGCGGCCAGCGGACCGACAAGUACUCCCUGGGCCACUGCAGCGUGCGCUGGGCCUACAUCCUGGCCAUCAUCAGCAUCAUGGACUCGCUCAUCCUGGCCUUCCUGGCCUUCAGCCUGGGCAGCAGGCAGGACAAGCUGCUGCCCCAGGACUUCCAGGUGGAGGGGAAAGGUACAAGCGGGAGAAAGGGGGGGCGCACCUCACCCGCAAACUACUUAUUGUCGCAACUUUCUCUGCAGACCAGGCCUAAAACCAGGGAGAAGAAGUUGACCCGCCCAUUGGCGUCGCUGACAAAUGGAAGACAUUUUGGGCUCAGGGAGAGUUAA